GUCGAGCAGGGGCUGCUCUUCAUUGAGGCUGUGGUGAACCCACAGAGAGCGUCGUUACAGACUCCCUGAAAGCUGACCGGACGCCAGAGGAGCCUUAGCGGUGCCGGGUCGUGGGCCACCGCUCUAGCCUUGAGUCGUGAGCCGGGAGUCUCAGGAGAUUCAGCGCAGCCUCCGCUGAAGCUCACAGCCUCCUCGACAGCAGUUGGGACAUGGAGCGUCAGCCGCAGAGCAGCCACGAUGCCUAUGACGACGCGGAUGCAGCCGUCGCCGGCUUCCUCAAGCUGGGGGUCGACGAGGAGCGGGAAGAAGCGCACGAGGUGAAGCCCGCGGAGAUCUCGCUUCCCGGAGAGGGGGGAGAGGAGCAGAAGGCUCAGUCCGAACCGGAGCUGGGAGCAGCCGCGGAAGGGAAAGAGGCGGGAGACGAAGGAGAAGGAAAGGAAGGCUGCGAUAUCAGCGUCGGAGCCGCCGGCCCCGCGGACGGCGAAAGCCGCGAGGCCGAGGCCGAGGCUGAGGCGAGCGGCGGCGAAGGCGGAGAGCAGGGCGGCGAGGAGCAGCCCCCGCGGGCCGCCGUCGAGGGUCCCGAGGCCGCAGAGGGGCAGCAGCAGGUCCCCUACGUCAGGUUCACGCGGGUGCAGCUGCAGGACCUGGAGCGCGUUUUCCAGCAUACUCAGUACCCCAACGAGCGCACGCGACAGGAGCUUACAAGGCGCAUGGGUGUGACUGAAGCCAAAGUGAAGGGUUGGUUUAGGAAUAGAAGGGCCAAAUGGAGGAGAAAUCAGAGGGGACUAAUGUCCAGAAACGUGCCCCCCAGGCCCCCCGGGCGCCCCGGGCCCCCGGGCCCCCCUGUUGCCGUCUGUUUGUGUGAACCCUGCUUUGACAUCCUGCUUCAGGAGCUGAAUUGGAUCUGCGUUCUUCUGGAGCCACUGCCGCCGGGGCUCCCCGGGCCGUCCAUGCCGCCCAUGCAGCCCGGGCAGCCCAUGUGGCCCGGGCAGCCCAUGCCGCCCAUGCGGCCCAGGCAGCCCAUGCCACCCAUGUGGCCCAUGCCGCCCAGGCCACCCAUGCGGCCCAUGCCACCCCUGCAGCCCAUGUGGCCCAUGCCACCCCUGCAGCCCAUGCGGCCCAUGCCACCCAUGCCGCCCGUGCCACCCAUGCCGCCCAUGUGGCCCGUGCCCCCCAUGCCGCCCAUGCUACCUGUGCGACCCAUGCCUCCCAUGCUGCCCGUGUGGCCCGUGCUGCCCGUGCCACCCAUGCCGCUCAUGCCGCCCUUUCCUCCUAUGCUGUUGCCUCCUCUGCCCUGGCUUCUUCCACCCUCGCUUCCCUGUAGGUGCCCUCAUGCAUCACGGCCUGGUCCCUUAUCAUUGGUGGUCCUUCGGUAGCCCCCGUUUCGUCUUGAAUGGUGUCUGUGACAGGUUUUUUCAAAGUGCCUUUGAGCCAGAUUCAAAUUCUGCAUACCUCUCCACCAAGAGCAGUUCCCCAAAUGCCUGCCAAGUGUAUUAAAUAGAAGUAGAGUCAUUGAC